AAAACCUUGACUUUUUCGUCUGGCACACGUCACAGAACCAUCCUCUGUUUUCAUUGUAAAUCUACACAAACACAGAGAAUCAAAAUUCAAAUUUUAUUUCAUCAGUAUAUCGGAAUUUCUCAAAAGCAAGUUAUGUCUUCUUGGGCCUCUUUGAUCUUUCUCUUCCUUUUCUCCUUUCUCGCUAGCUUCAGAGCUUAUGCUCAAGAUCCCACUUACGUAUACCACGUCUGUCCAAACACGACAACUUACACACGAAACAGCACUUACUCCACCAAUCUCAGAACCCUCUUGUCCUCUCUCUCUUCCAACAACGCCUCUUACUCAACCGGAUUCCAAACCGCCACCUCGGGACAAGGCACCGACAGUGUCACCGGACUUUUCCUUUGCAGGUUAGACUAUUCGCCGGAAGUUUGUCGUAGAUGCGUCGCCUUUGUCGUCAACGACACCUCAACUCGGUGUCCGAACGAGAGAGAGGUCGUGCUCUACUACGAUGAGUGUAUGGUAAGAUACUCUAACCGGAACAUCCUCUCGACGUUAAGCACCAACGGAGGAGUUGUCACGUGGAACGGCCAAAAUAUUACAUCCAGCCAAAAAGACCAGUUCAGAGAUUUGGUCUUGUCAACGAUGAACCAAGCCGCCAGUGAAGCUGCGGACAGUCCCAGAAAAUUCGAUGCUAGAAAAGCUAACUGGACUGCAUCACAGAAUUUAUAUGGGCUGGUUCAGUGCACUCCUGAUCUGACAAGACAAGACUGUUUGAGUUGCCUGCAACAGGGCAUCAAUCAGUUACCUACUGAUAAAAUUGGAGGAAGAUUUAUUGUACAUAGCUGUAGUUCAAGAUACGAGCUUUACGCAUUUUACAACGAAUCCGCCAUUACAACACCUCCGCCGGCACCACUACCGCCGGUUUCAGUUCCUCCGCCGCCGCCGGGGAAAGGUGGGAGUUCAAGUGUACUAGUGGUAGCCAUUGUGGUUCCUAUUAUAGUGGUUGCUCUGCUUUUCAUAGCUUGUUAUUGUUUCCUUGCAAAGAGGGCAAAGAAGACUUUUGACACAGCAUCUGCAUUUGAUGGUAAAGAUGUCAAUUGAAUUAUAAUCUGAUUUAUGUCAAUGUUCUAGGCAUGGAGGCUCUGGAGUAAUGGGACACCGCUAGACCUCAUGGAUCCAAUGAUUUUAGAUAAUUUCCAAAGGAAUGAAGUUGUUCGAUGUGUCCAUAUAGGUCUUUUGUGUGUUCAAGAAGAUCCUGUAGAGCGUCCACCCUUGUCAACCAUUGUUCUGAUGCUCACUAGUAAUACUGUGACAUUACCCGUCCCUAGGCAACCAGGUCUUUUCUUUCAGAGUAGACUUGGAAAAGACCCUCUUGUAACCGCUGGAACUCACAAAAAAAGAAUUUGUAAAUAGGCAAAAUCAUGUUUAACAAACUUCAUCUUAA